CUCGCCUCAGUCCUCCUCACAGUGCCGCGGUGCUAACACGUAUAUUUCCGUCACGUCGGUGUUGUUACAAAAAAGUUGAUUUUUUAUAUAAAAACUCGUGCUGUGACUUAAAAUUUGGUUAACAUACAUUUGGAUAUUAUUCUUCGAUAAGAUUCUUAAAGGAUUGGCUGAAGAUUGAAAAUUAUUGCACUAUGAGGAGCUGUCUGUGAUCUCGUGCCGGCGCGGCUGACGCCACAUGCAAGAUGACAUCCGAACGAGCUAUACCUCAUUUGCGAGACAUCUUUGGCCUCAAUCAACAGUACGAAGCCAAGCCAGUGUUCGACGAGAACGACGACAAAACAAAGAAAUCAUGCAGGAAGAAAAAGGAAGACUAUCGAACAUACGCCAAUGGCGAUGUGAAAACACUUGAAAGGCAUCUAAGUAUGAAAAAAACAAUACGGAAAAAGAUUAUGCGUGAUCUCCAACAGGCGUUCGUUGAAGACCCUAACGAGUUUAAGGUCGAGAAUACGAGCCCAGAAAAACUGAAAGCGGAGCUCAGCGCCGAAGCAGUUAAAAUUGAGAAAAAUGUUAAGAAGAACGAUCCGACCUUCUUAGAUAUGCUUCGGGGAGAGACGAGGAGUGAAGAGACGAGGGAGGAACAACCUCCAGCUGAAAAGACAAGCUUCUGGCGACGUCUCACGAUGAAAAAUAAAAAUAAGAGAUAAUUUGUUAACGAUAGCCGUUGUAACGUCAACUCCGUGUUAUCCUAUCUGCAUCUGCAUAUUCUCUUCCAUUGUGUAUAUUUUGCGUUUAUCCAUUUUAAUGUUUGAGAUUUCUGUAGUCAAAUAAUAAUUGAUUAAUUUUUUUUAAAUGUUUGCAUUAGGAAUGUAAUUUAAUGUUGUCCUUAUGUUAAAUGGCUUUCGUUCUGAUUUUGAUGAAUUAAAUGAAAAGUACAAGAUUAAAGGUCACUGUACAAACUGUUUUCGCAAUACAAUACAUAAAAACGUAAGGCUCAAAAGAAUUAAUUUCGAAAUAAAAAUCAAGGUUUUAAGAGAAUAGUUCUGCACCUUUGAUCCUUGACUUGUUUCUCUUACGUCAACAACUGUUGGCAGGUUUUUUAAAAUGAAAACCCUAUAAAAUUGUGUGCGUCAAGUUGUCGAGACAGCAAAUAAUUUAUCUUAUCUCACUAAUUCAGCCAAAAGAAGAUUUCCUCAAUGUUAGCAAAUAGCUUAAAUCCCUGAUAGAAUAUUAACCAAAAAAAAAAUCUUCUAAAUUUGGCAAUGUCCACGAUGUAUAAUGAUAAUUUAUUACGUUGCUUAAGUGAAAAUGUACACGUUGUUAAAUUAAAAACAAUGAAAUAUUUGUUAUAUUUAUAUAUUAUAUCUAGCAUACGAAAACUUUUUAAAAACUUUUAAUCAGCCGAUAAGUGUCCAUUUUUCGUAGGUAUUUAUAGAGCGAAGUGGUGAAAUACUUAUUCAUUCCAGUGGAUAGAACAGCUGUUAUCAUAAUUACAAUAAGUAAGUUAAUGAAGCUUGAGCAAUAUUUCAAUGAUGAAGUAAGGUAUUGUAAAGCUGUUCCUGAAAAUUUUUUAAAUGCAUUUAUAGGAUUUGGAAAUAUUUGAGAUUUAUAAUCAUAAUAUUUAUGUACAGUUGUUACUAUUAAAUCAAUUUGAUGGAUGACCCAGACAUAUCUGGUGCUUAUACCACUGCCACGCAGAUAAUACGAUUGGUAGCUAUUUUUUACUUUUGCUUACUUUUAUACUGGCAAUAUUUUUAAGAAAACUUUGUAUACGCAUAACUAUUGCUUACGGUAAUAAAAGGCUGGUUUUUCUGAUCUCCAACCUGUGUCUUUUAAUUGCGUCAUAUCUAAUUUAAAGUGCGUCAUAAUAUAGAUAGGUAAUAGAUGCAUAAUAAGACGCUUAAUCGUUGUAAUACUAUAGUAAAACAAACUGUAUGAUGAGGUAUAAUUUUACUUGUUGGGAACGGAGUAAGUGACGAAAUAUCUUCGGCCAUUGUUACUUAUUAUGAAAAAUAUCUCAUUCUACAUGUGAUGUAACGUUAAGUGUACUAGUUAAUAUCAUGCAUAGGUUUUUAAUAUUAAGUAAAAUAAGACUUGAAUUCACACCAUAGUCCUAAUUGUAAUUUUUAGAAAUACUGACCAAAAAAGUUACGAUAUAAUAUCACAAUAUUACAGUUCUACUAUAAUUUAGCCUUAAUACGGCGUGUAUAUUAGCCGCUGGUGAUAGGCUGUUUUUAAAAUCUUUGGGGGUUUUUAUGUGAUACGUCCAGCAAUGGAUUCCUUGCGACUAAGAUAAAGGUAUCUAUCAUGGAUUGGAAGGAGACUAUUGAUUAAUGCUAACCGCUCGUUGA